GGUGCCUUACGAAAUGGCGGCUAUAAAAGAGCAAAAUUGGGAGAGUGGGAUAGAAGAGCUGAGGAGGAGAAGAUGGGGUCAGGGUAUUCAACAGAUAUGGAAGAGCGAGAAGAAAGCAGAACAAGUAUGGGUCAUGAUGAAGGAGGAAGAAAGAGCAGCACAGAAGUGGAUGAUGGUUUCCCUCACAAUUAUGAGGCAAUUCUGAGAGAUGCAGACGAUUUUGUUGAUCGAUCAUCCAAAGAGAAGCUGUUUGAGCAGUUGUAUGCUGGAGUUUUCUUGAAUCAAAAGAAGAAAAAGUACUGGGUGGAUAGAAGGUGGAGAAAGAAUUGUUUCAUAUUGUUUGCCAGAGAUCUAUCUAUUACCUGGGGAGAAGACAAUCGUUACUGGCAUUGGCCGCUGCACCAAGAAUCCAGCGAAAUGAGUGUUCCAGUGGCAGAACUGCUUAACGUUUGCUGGCUAGAAAUCCAUGGAAGAUUUGAUGUAUCUAAACUUUCGCCGGAAACAAGAUAUGAGGUCAUAUUUGUAGUGAUGCUGAAAGAUCCGGCAUAUGGAUGGCAUAUUCCGGUGAACCUGAGGCUCAUUCUGCCGGACGGCAGCCGACAGGAGCGUAAAGAAAAUCUAAUGGAAAAGGCAAGAGGGAAAUGGAUAGAAAUCCAGGCAGGAGAGUUUGAUACGUGGUCUAUGGCAAAGAAUGGAGAGAUUGAGUUCUCUAUUUACGAAUAUGAAGGUAGUGUUUGGAAGAGGGGUUUAGUCAUUAAAAAUGUUGUUAUCAGGGCAAAGGCAUAAGAUCGUUACUGUAUUUUGUAGACUUGGUUUCUUACGAGGGAUGUGAGCACUAAUAUAUAUGUCAAAAUUAAAAUAAAGAAAGUAACUAUUAUAUUUGUCAAAGAUUUUGUGGUCUAGUGGCACCCGGUGUCUCUGUUUACACUCCCGGCCACAUGGAUGAUGGGUGAAUUUGAGUCUCGGUGGAAGCAACUGUUGACUCUUUGUACUUCAUAGAGUCAAUAGUACUCAAAAAACAAAAGUUAUCAUUAUAUUUAUAUUGUUUAUGUAGCUAGGUUUACGGUCUUAUUUUAUAAGUAAUCAAAUAUUGUAUAUUGCAUAAUUAAAUAAACUAAUAAUUUACCAGUGUGA